AUGGAUGCAUUUAUGAAAAAACCAUCUGAACAUACACAUGCACCUGAUCCAGAUCGAGUUCACGUCAUGCGAGUUAAAGAUGAAAUAAAAGGUCGUAGUGCAUCAUCGGAUGAAACAACCAGUACAAUAUUAUUCGUUGCAUUAAGAACAAUUCCAUUAAAUGUAGCUGCCGGUUUGCCGACAAACGAUGCAUUGAUGCAAACAAUUCGUCGUGAACGGCAAGCAACGCAACUCGAUGAAAAUGGUCACUUACCUCUUGUAUUCCAUCAAACUGAUUGUGGUAAAAACUUUGUCUCGCACGAAGAUGAUUCAAUGGUUAUAUUUACAUGUGAUAAAAAUCCAUCCGUUUUAAAAGAAUGUCCACAUUGGUUUAUGGACGGAACAUUUAGCAUUUGCCCAAAAAGUUUUUAUCAAUUAUUUACCGUACAUGGAAUGUAUUCACUUCAAAUUAUUCCUCUCGUAUAUGUAGUACUGAUUGGGAAAAAUAGCUAUGAUUAUGAUCAAUUUUUCGAACAAUUAUUGAUGCAUUAUGGCUACGAACCUGAAUCAAUUCUAAUUGAUGAUGAAACUGCUACACGAAAAUCGACUAAAUCAAUAUUCCCACAAGCUGUUCAAAUAGGCAACAUGAAUGCGAAGAAACUAAUGGCUCUUGCGUUUUUACUUGUGUCGGAUGUCACUAUAGGUUAUUCAGCAAUUACUGAUGAUUUUGAUGAAGAAGAUUAUGCCUUACUCGAUUAUUUCGAAAGGGUAUGGACAGGACAAAAAAAAGGAAGAGGUUGGGGGUCGUUUAAUUGUAUUUAUUCAGGUAAUCAACGCAAUAAACCGAAAUUCAGUUUACAUCUAUGGAAUACUUACGAGCGAGUCAUAAAUGACUUGCCAAGGUCAAAUAACGCGGUUGAGCGAUGGCACAAUGCCUUUAACAAUCGAGUAUCGAUCAAAAAUCUUUCAAUCACCAAACUUGCCAAAUGUAUCAUACGUGAACAAUCCCGAUUCGAGAUUGACAUUCAACGACUUCGUACGGGUGAACAGCCAGGGAAAAAGAAAAAAGUUUAUGUAGAUCUCGAUAUUCGAUUGAAAAGAAUUGCCAUGUCUUACAACGUCGACAAUAUCGAAGAAUAUUUAUACCGAAUCGCAGUGAACUUGAAACUCAAUAAUUGA